AUGGCCUCCUCUUCCAACAACAGCAGCAAUCGCGCAAACACAAAAACAGCCGGAUCAGGCACCCUGCAGUCGCUGCGGCCAACUGUCGUUGAUCGAUACUGGAACGAUAUCGCCGAACACUUUCGCGAGCCUGGCUUCUCGACCUUCGACAAGGAAAAAUCAACUCUGGCCACCACUCGGGACCCAGACUUCACCCGCAAGCUGCUCAUGGCCGUCAUCACCGAUCGACCAGGGCAGGGCGAUAUCCUCCCCAGCGUCAUCGCAAAGAGCUCCUGUGAUUUCUUUGCCUCGCUCGACAAGUCCGGCAAAACUGACUUUCUAAGCUUGCUUGCUCACGAUUUCGGUGUUCUGCAGGAGGUCGCUGUCGAGGCUGCAGGGAGGUAUAUGGAGUAUUCAAAAACCGAGCCAGAGAGUAAAGCCCUGCUGCGUGCAGAGCAACUACUUCGCCACGCAAUCGUUCCAGGACACAAUAAGUUUUUCGACCGUGUCAGCCGACUACCAGGAGGACUCAAGUUUUUAAUCGACAUGCGGGAAGACUUGCUUGGUAUCAUUCAGGAGAAUCGUAACGACUUUUACUUGUCGGCGCUGAAUGAAUCACUCAAGGAGAAGCUGCAAUCCUGGUUCGUGGGGUUUUUAGACUUGGAGCGUCUGACCUGGCAAUCACCGGCAGUACUUUUGGAGAAAAUCACUCAAUACGAAGCCGUACACAAGUUCAAGGACUUUCAUGAUCUGAAACGUCGUGUAGGACCUGGCAGACGAGUGUUUGCAUUGAUGAACAAGAGCCUGCCGACUGAACCCUUGGUCUUUGUGCAGGUGGCCCUGGUCAACACUCUCUCCAACAACGUGCAAGACAUUCUCAACGACCCUUCACCCGGACAUGCCAACCCGGCCAAAACUGUUAAAUGGCUUUCUGGGAUAGAACUGGGCAACUUUUUGAUCAAGCGCGUGGUGCGGUCGCUCAAAGUUGAGUUUCCACAGAUCGAAACCUUUAGUACACUCUCGCCCAUCCCCGGGUUCAGAAAAUGGAUGGAGCAGUGCCAAAAUCUCGGUCAAAAGCUGCUUCUUCCCAUGGAGGAACAUAUUAUUACCCAAUUAGUGGAGCAACAACAAGAUGCUACCAUUGCAGCCGAUGGUAACUCGGAGAAGCAAUUUAGUGCGAUUCUUCAUCACCCGUCCACGUUUUCUAACAAUGAGACGACAGGCAAGCUGCGACCCAUCCUUAGCCGACUCUGCGCCAGGUACAUCCUCCUAGAGAAACGCCGGCACUUAGCCCUGGAUCCCGUAGCGAACUUUCAUCUCCGCAACGGCGCCUGCGCACACCGACUCAACUGGCUCGGUGACACCUCGGCGAAGGGCAUGGAUGAGUCCUUUGGGAUGAUGAUUAAUUAUCUAUACUCUCUCGAUCAUAUUGAGAAGAACAACCAGCUAUACCUUCAAGACGGUAUGAUCAGUGUCUCUUCCAGAGACCCGGCCUUUGAGAGUGCCCUCGCACACGCAGCAAGCAUGACCAGUAGUGCUGGUUCGGAUACUGAUGCAGGUCAACUGGUCCAGCUGAAUGGAUCGCGUUUCCGAUUGCUGGAUAUUGCAACAGCCUGA